CUUAUUACCAAAUGUUAUUCUUCAAUUCACCUUCUUUAAAUUCUCUUGAUAUGCUGCCGAAACCGAAAGAAGAAAAGUGAAUUAAUUAUAAAAAACUUCUUUGCUUUGAUUCUUUGUCUUCUUCUUCAUUCUUUAUAUCUUCUUCUCAGAAGAGAGAACUGAGACAGAGAGAGAAAUGGGAGAUAGAGAUGCUGAUGGGAAGUGUAAAAUCGUGUCUGCAUGUUCCUCAGCAAAACUCUUUCUCUUUAUGGUUCCUCUUGUUGUCGUUUCUGGUUUCAUCUUUGUAAAUAUUGGUCCUAUAAAUCCAACAUCUUUCUUAACAUCUCUGUCCACUAAUCAGAUAUCUCCUCCACUUCCUUCUUAUCAAUCUCUGCCUCCGGCGCCGGCACCAUCUCUGUCACCACCAACAUCAUCUUUAUCGACUAAAGUGGGAUCUAUUCAGGGUUACUACAAUCGGACAAUUCAAUUGAACCCUAUCAACAUUGCUUCAUCGAGUAGUAACGUCACCUCUACGGCAUCAUUGAAACCGAUGAAGAAAAGAGUUAUAAGCAAUUUAGAGAAAACUGAAUUCGAACUACAGAAGGCUCGAGUCGCCAUCAAAGCCGCUUCGAUGAACGAUCCCGUGGACGACCCGGACUAUGUACCUCUUGGCCCGAUGUAUUGGAAUGCUAAGGUCUUUCAUCGGAGCUACUUGGAAAUGGAGAAACAAUUCAAGAUAUUUGUGUACAAAGAAGGCGAGCCACCGUUGUUCCACGAUGGUCCAUGCAAAAGCAUAUACUCUAUGGAAGGAAACUUCAUCUAUGAGAUGGAAACAGACACACGUUUCCGUACCAAUAAUCCAGAAAAGGCCCACGCCUUCUAUUUACCCCUCAGCGUUGUCAAGAUGGUAAGAUAUGUGUAUGAACGUGACUCUCACGAUUUCAGCCCCAUCCGAAAAACCGUCAGGGAUUACAUUGAUCUUGUGGGCGAUAAGUACCCGUACUGGAACCGCAGCAUUGGAGCUGACCAUUUCAUGCUUUCUUGCCACGACUGGGGUCCUGAGGCAAGCUUUUCUCAUCCACAUCUAGGAGAAAACUCUAUCCGAGCUCUAUGCAAUGCCAACACGUCGGAGAGAUUCAAACCGAGAAAAGAUGUCUCCAUACCUGAGAUCAACCUACUAACGGGUUCCUUAAAAGGACUAGUCGGUGGCCCAUCACCUUCUAGCCGUCCGAUCCUUGCCUUCUUCGCAGGAGGUGUACACGGACCGGUAAGGCCGGUCUUGCUCCAACAUUGGGAGAACAAAGAUAAUGACAUUAGGGUACACAAAUAUCUUCCUAAAGGAACGUCUUAUUCGGACAUGAUGCGGAACAGUAAAUUCUGCAUAUGUCCGAGUGGUUACGAGGUUGCUAGCCCUAGGAUCGUCGAGGCGCUUUACUCGGGAUGUGUUCCGGUUUUGAUAAACUCAGGGUACGUCCCUCCUUUCAGCGACGUGUUGAAUUGGGCGUCGUUUUCGGUUAUCGUUUCCGUGGAGGAAAUACCAAAUUUGAAAACGAUCUUGACGUCAAUAUCUCCUAGACAGUAUCUAAGGAUGUACCGAAGAGUGUUGAAGGUAAGACGACAUUUUGAGGUGAACUCUCCGGCUAAGAGGUUUGAUGUGUUUCACAUGAUUCUUCAUUCAAUUUGGGUAAGGAGAUUGAACGUGAGGAUCCGUGAGGUAUAAGUUUACGAGUGGGUUUGUAGCUUUUUGUUUGUUUGUGGUGUGAUAUUAAAAUAAUAAAAAUUGCCAGGUGAAUUAGAUUCUGUAUAAAUGUUUUCAUGUCAAAUAGUCUUUAGUAUUUUUUUCUUCAUUAAUUAUUUAAUAAAAAAACCUGUUUUCCUUAUUUA